CCAAGAUGGCGCUCCCCUUGCGGACUAGCUUCAAACAUCUCCACCGAUUCAUUCACAAGUUUAGUUCUCCUAAAAGAUCACUGUCGUCUGGAAACACGGAGCCUCCAGGAGGUGGACGCGUAUUCUCGGGGAUCCAGCCAACCGGGGUGCCCCACCUGGGCAACUACCUGGGCGCCCUGGAGAACUGGGUGGGCCUGCAGAGCCAGUAUCCCUCGGUGCUCUACAGCAUCGUGGACCUGCACUCCAUCACACAGCCUCAGGACCCGGCACAACUCAGGAGCAACAUCCUGGACAUGGCGGCCAGCCUGCUGGCCUGUGGCAUCAACCCAGAGAGGGCGAUACUCUUCCAGCAGUCUCAGGUACCCGAGCACGCCGAGCUCUCCUGGAUCCUCGGCUGUCUGACCAGCAUGCCACGCCUCCGACACCUGCCGCAGUGGAAGAUGAAGAGCAAAUUAAAGAAUGAAGGCAGUGUUGGUCUCUACACAUAUCCGGUCCUCCAGGCCGCUGACAUUCUCCUCUACAAGUCCACUCAUGUCCCCGUCGGAGAGGACCAGGUCCAGCAUUUGGAGCUGGCUCAGGAUCUGGCUCGCAUCUUCAACCACCGCUACGGAGACCUGUUCCCUGAACCCGCCGCCCUGCUCAGCUCUACACGAAAGGUCAAGUCCCUCCGCGACCCUUCCGCCAAAAUGUCCAAAUCCGACCCCCAAGCGAUGGCAACGAUCACCAUCACCGACUCCCCCGACGACAUCGGCCUCAAGGUCCGCCGCGCCGUCACCGACUUCACCUCCGAGGUCACCUUCGACCCGGAGACGCGGCCCGGCGUGUCCAACCUGGUGACCAUCCACGCCGCCAUGGAGGCGAUCGGCGUGGAGGAGGCGGUGCUCCGGGCCCGAGGGAUGGACACGGCAGCCUAUAAGACGCUGGUCACCGAGGUCGUGAUCCAGAGGUUGACGCCCAUCAGGGAGGAGAUCCGGAGGCUGAGGGAGGACCGGGCUCACCUGGAGGAGGUGCUGGCUCGGGGGACUCGCAGGGCUCGAGAGCUGGCGGCUCCGGUCCUCAGAGAGGUCCGACAGAGAGUGGGAUUCUGCUGAGCGGACGCUUUCUAUGCCACAGGAUGUCCUCAGUUCUUUAAUGCUGCUGAUUUCAGAUUUUAUUCCAACGACUGUUUUCAUCUCCAGAAUAUUCAAGGAUGUAACUUUUACUUAUUUAACCGUACAAUGUUCAAAGUUGGAUUCAGGUCACAGGUGUUGAGCUGAAAACGAAAAACAAAAAAAAAAAAUAGAUUUUUUUCAUGUUUUCCUGUGAGUGUGACCACUUAAACCAGAUUUCUGUUCAUCACAAGUGCUUUAGAAAGACAAAUCAAGUGAGAUCUUUGAGAAUACAAAUUAAUAAAACUCCUACAGAUAUACAGAACAUAAUAUUUGGUCUCAGACGGAUGCAGUAAUAACGCUGAAGAAUGAAAAUACUUCAGUGUCUUUACCUACUGCACCGUGUGUGUUGUGUAUAUGAGCAAUGAAACUAUGAGAGAGAAGACUGAAGAGGUUCUGUGUUGUAACAAGUGACAUGAGAUCAUUGAAGAUGAUCGAUGCGUCUAAAAGUAAUAUCACAGAGUAGAAAUACUCUGUUACAUGUGAAGGUCCUGCAAAUGUUAUCCAAGUAAAAGGAUAAAAGUAUCUGCAUCAAAAUAUACUUAAAGUACCAAAAGUAAAAGUUCUCAAUGUGCAGAAUGUUGUAUUUUAUUAUAUUGGAUUAUCAUUAUUGAUCCAUAAAUGUGUUCAUCACUUUGUUACAGCUGGUAAAGAUGGAGCUGAUUUUAACUACUUUAUAUACUGCUGGCUUGUUUGAUUUAAAUGAUAUCGUGAUUUAU